UGGAUGCGAAGAGCUCUCUCUCACAACGAGCUCAUAGGCCGCUUCCUCAUCUAGGUGAUAGGCAUGGCGGAUACGAUAGCUCAGAAACCCUGCGUUCAGCCGUCCAGCGGUUUCUGUCCUGCUACCGGCAAGAAGAUGGCCGGACACUCUGACGCCGGCCGUGGAGUCUGUCCGAGUACGGAAGCUUCAGCCGGUAAUCCCAUAGCAGCGGAUAGUCAUGACAAGGAGAACUGUACCGCCGGCGGUGUGAGGAUAUGUUCGAGAAGGAGAAGCCCUUUACCUUCAUGGUAUCACCGUACCCCUCUUAGGGACGUGACAGCCAUCGUCAGGGCGAUGGAAAGUAGAAAGCAUGAGAAGAAAUCGCUAUCUGCGGUGAAUUCUCCGGUGGGAGAGAUAGCAGAUGAAGGGAUAGGGGAGGCCAGCCCCGUGUCUAAGGUGUCCACAUGGUCGUCGCCCUGCACUCCUGUUUCCUCUUCCAGCCCCCUCCACAUAUUUGUUGAUGAAGCCACGCCCGUCGCAGCCACGGGGCGCCGGUACUCGGUGGCAUGGAUGGCCGCCCAAUGGAUGAUUCCGGCGGCCGUCACCAGCUGUGACGAUAAAGGAUGUCGGAGAUCCACCCAGGAACUCAACUUUGGGAAGGUGAAGGAUUUUCCAGCGAGGAUUGCUCAGAGAAGCUCGCUGAUGAGCAUGCGGUGAGAAGGAAACUACUUGUUUCGGAGAAAGCUCAGAGAGAGGAAGAAAGAAAGAGAAAAGAGAGGCCCUAUCAAUAUCAUGUGUACGAAUAGCCGCUCAACGAUCUGAGCCAUUUAAGAUCGAUCGAUCAAUGUUUUAGAAAAUUACAAAAACUUGAAUAA